UCAAUGACAGCGAAAAAUAAAAUGUCACAAAUGGCGGGCCUUGUCUCUGAAAGUUAUGUUUAAGUUAAUUGUGAAAAUUUUUACUUUUUUGCAAUAAAUAAGUGAAUUAAAUAGAAGUGUUACUGAAUUUAUUGAAAAUUUGGCUUCACUAAUAUAAAAAUAUAUAUUUAGCAAAAUGAAUAUUGACGGUGUUGAAAUGAUUAAGGAGGAAUCACAAGAAACAUACAACUUGUGUCCACCGCUGGAAAAUACACAAACACAAAGUCGAAAUGUUGGCUCAUUAGUGCAUCUUACACAAAAAUUUGUGGAAUUGAUGAAACGCAAUGGAGGAGUUAUUGAUUUAAAGAUGGCAACAGAUAUUUUAGAUGUUCAGAAGAGGAGAAUUUAUGAUAUAACAAAUGUACUCGAAGGCGUUGGUCUCAUUGAAAAGACUCGUCAUAGCAGCAUGGUGCGCUGGAGAGGCGGUAUAAAUGAGGCUAAAAAUUAUGAGAAACUUAAAACAGCAAUGACGCGUACAAAUAAACUCAAGACUAUAGAAGACGAUUUGGAUUUGCAGUUAAAAUACGCAAAGCGUAAUUUGAAAUACAUAAAAGAGGAUGCUACAAAUAAGUCUUACUCUUAUGUGACACGAGAUGAUUUGCUACAAAUAUUUGGCGAGGAUGCUGUCUUCACUGUACCCAAGCAGGACAAUGAAGUUAAAUUUAAAAAGAUGGGGAAUACUUUACAUGUUUCUCUGGAUAAUGGAAACACAAUAGAUGUACGCUUGGUAACACAACAAGGUACAUGUACCUCAAAGCAAAACAUUGCAAAACUGCCAAAUAACACACCGAAAGUAAGUAAUCCUCUACGCACGACAGCGAAAGUUGACGCUAAGUCACACCUAGUCACUAAUGAACAUACAUAUUUCUGUAACCGUGAAAUGAAAGAGGAAAUGCAGGAAAUUGAUAAUCAAGUAACGGCAAGAAUUCUUUUCCGUAAGUGUACGACGGGUCAUUCUUUACGCCGCUUUUUUCCGGAUAAUCCUGAUUUAGAUAAUCCCCCAUUGUUGCAAUUAAAUCCACCACAAAAUGACUAUACUUUUACGUUGGCUCAAGAUGAAGGUAUUUGUGAGUUAUUUGACAUACCUUGCACUUAAUAUUUCCAAGGAUUUUCCUUCUUUCACCGAAGAUGAAAACUUGGAUAUUCCCAAACAAUGUUGCUUCGUCUGCAGCACAAAUCAUAUGAUCUAACAUCGCUUAAGUUUAGUGAAUAUAUGAAAAUUAGUUAAUUUGAUAAAAAAACGACUUUGAAAAAUAAAUAUUUUUUAACAACUGUA